AGCAAACUGCAACACAAGCAGAACAAACGACUAUCAGGAAACUUUGGAGUGCAGAACACUGUAUAUUAUGUGCGGGUUACAAUGUGUGCGAAAAAUAAUCUGGAUUGCUAAACAACUGGUAAGAUGGAACUACUAAUGGGAACAAAAUAUGCCGAGUGCAUCUUUAAUAACACAAUCGAAAUGAAAGCGGGGCAGUUAGAUUGUAAAAGGGGAAAGCAAUAAAAAUGAGUUAAUAAGUGAUUAGUGAAUUAUUAGCUAAAUCGGCGAAUACUGGAUGGGUUUUAUUUUGCUUGUUUGUUUAGUCUGAAGGGGUAGAUUGUUUCGUUGUUUACAUAGGCGUGAAAACUAAUGUUAAUUAGAUGCCGAACUUUGCGCAUUCUUCAGCAUUUUAAUUCUACCAACACAAGGCUAAAUGCAAAGAUGCUGCUGUGUUUCUGUUGAUUUUUUCUUUCUCUGUUUCUGUUUGGGACUUUUCUCAUCACAUGUGCCGCUUUCUGCGAGCGUCUCUGAUUCAUGGAUAAGUGCCUCAUGGGUGCUAUUUUCCUAUCAAACAGUAUUGCCAUUGGUCAGCCGAUGAUCAGAUGGUUAUAUUUCCUGCUGUCCUUUCUGGCACUUGGCCAUCCCGAAUCAAACCCAUCUCGCUAACUGCUAAUAGCACAGGCACUUGGACUAAUACACAACAAAUCAUAACACAGCCCAAGCCAACAAAUGAGUUCGUAUUUCGUCAACUCCACUUUCCCGGUGACUCUUGCCAGUGGUCAGGAGCCUUUCCUCGGGCAGAUUCCGUUAUAUUCCUCCGGUUACGACCCUUUAAGACACUACCCGGCCACAUAUGGGGCUACAAGCAUGCAAGAUAAAAGCUACCCAGCACCCUCUUACUAUCAGCAAGCCAACGGGGCUUAUGGGUGCAACCGAACACCAUGCGAUUAUGGUGUCCCCAGUUUUUAUCGGGAUAAAGACCCUUCCAGCGGCGCGUCAGCCACCAGCUCCAAAUACCACUCACUGGAAGACCCAACGCAUUUUAACCCAGAACACCGCAAAUCCGAUUGCGUCCAAAACAGAAUUUUAUAUGGAGAAGUGGAAGAUCAGAAGAGUUCUCUCCCCGUAUAUCCCUGGAUGCAAAGAAUGAAUUCCAGCGGUGCCUCGGCGUUCAACCCAAACGGACGGCGCGGGCGGCAGACCUACACUAGAUAUCAAACUCUGGAACUGGAGAAAGAGUUCCAUUUUAACCGCUACUUGACCAGGAGGCGCCGGAUAGAGAUCGCACACGCCCUUUGCCUUACAGAACGCCAGAUCAAAAUAUGGUUUCAAAACAGGCGCAUGAAGUGGAAAAAGGAAAACAAAUUACUCGGCAACGCGCAACUAAGCGGCGAGGAGACAGAAGAAAAAUCCACAGAAUGAAAACCGCACACACAAGGAGGAGGAGAAGAAGAAAAAAAAAGAUCGGAAGAGGAACGCUAUGCAGUUCUUUAUUUAAAAAAAGAAUGAAUAUUGAAUAUUAAAAGUUUACAUUUUAUUUGCUGUUGCGCACCAGUGGAAGUGUACAUUUCUGUAUUUGUCCUAAGAUUUAUUAUGAAGUUAUGCAUUCCUUUGGUCUAUCCAGGCAGCCAUUGUUUCAAUUGGUGUCAAUAGUUUGAAAGAAACACUGGAUGUAUGCCAUGUAUUCUAUAUUUCACUUGAGCUGCUGCAAUAUUGUGAUUUUUCUUGACGUUGGUCUCAGCUCUAGUUUAUUUAGCUGUAUGUUUUUUUUGUGUGCACUGUGAAUACAACAAUUGUUUUUGAUUUAUUUUAUGUGUGUAUGCGUGCAUGUGUGAAAUUGUAUGUGCGUGCGUGUGGAAACUACACGAUAUAAAGUCUAGAUAUUGUAUUUUGCCUUGUUUUUCGUAACCAAGCGAGGGGGAAAUUAAAGCAAAUGUCUGAAGAAUCGAGUAAAAGGUUAUUUUUUUAUUUGUGUUCCUUUGUUCAAUGAGCGUUUAUUGUGUUUGUAGCGAGGGGGGGUCAUAUUUUUUUGAAACUUAAGGUUUCUUCUCUGGA